AUGUCUGGCCAUCUGUUCGUGCCAUCUUGGGUUCUGCAGCAGGACAAUAAUACAAAACACACCAGCAAGUCCACACCUGAAUGGCUGAAGAAGAACAAAAUGAAGACUUUGAAGUGGCCUAGUCAGAGUCCUGACCUGAAUCCUAUUGUUACAGUUAUGGAUGGAGGAGGGAUCCUUAGGCAGUCUACUGUCUGGGUGAUAGUGCACGUUCAAGAUGAGAAUGACAAUACGCCUGAAUUCAAAGAGGCUGUUUACCGCAUCAGCCUUCCAGAGCGGGACCGUAACAAACGCGGUGAUCCUGUCUACAGAGUCUUUGCUUACGAUCGAGAUGAAGGGUCCAAUGCAGAUCUCACCUACAGCAUCGUGGAUGGAAAUGACGACAGCAAAUUCGUAAUCGAUGCCAAGACAGCUAUGGUGUCUUCCAGGAAGAUGGUCACAGCUGGUGGCUAUGAUAUACUCACAAUAAAAGCCGUUGAUAAUGGGAGCCCUCAGAAGUGGUCGACUGCCCGUUUGCACGUUGAAUGGAUUCGGAAGCCCGUGCCUUCGCCACUAGCCUUGCGAUUUACCACAGCCAUUUACAACUUCACAGUGGUGGAAAACGCCAAAGUGUAUGAGUCAGUUGGAGUGGUCUCUGUUUGGCAGACAGAAACACCUUUAUGGUUCGACAUCAUUGGUGGAAGAACGUCCCGGGAGAUGUUUUAUAUCCCACAGAGUUCCUGUGGUGGAAACUGUUCAUCUGACAGUGGUAACUAUAAUGGUCCAUUUGAUAUUCAGAGAGGGAUGGGGACUAUAGUAAUAGCCAGACCUCUAGAUGCAGAGACACAGUCGCUUUACAACAUGACGGUACAGGUGACUGAUGGGACAAGCACUACUACCACACAGAUUUAUAUAAAGGUUUUGGACAGCAAUGACAACAGUCCUAUUUUUUCUGAGCGUACAUACGAAGUCUUGGUGUCUGAAGAUACACCAGCCGACACUGAGGUCUUGCGUGUCCGGGCCAGGGACAAAGAUGAACGGGCGAAGUUGAGCUAUUCUAUCCAUGGCAGCGUUGAUCCAGCUAGCAUGCGGAUGUUUAGGAUCAAUCCUGGUACUGGUGUCAUGUACACAGCAGAUCGACUGGAUUAUGAGAUCCGCACUCAGCACAUCCUUACUAUUAUGGUGAAAGAUCAAGAAUUUCCUUAUUAUAGAGACCUAGCACGGAUUAUUGUGACCUUGGAGGAUGCCAAUGACCAGCCUCCCUUUUUUACUCACACUAUUUAUGAUAGUACAGUGUUUGAGUCUGCCCCACCAGGAACAUCAGCUCUGCAGGUGAUCGCACUAGACAGAGACUCGGGGAGAAACGGCGAGAUAGUUUACUCAAUUGAUGCAGGUAAACACUUUGUAUGUGAUGUUUUUUUUUUUNCAGUAGCCAGAGAGCUCGACCUUACCACUGUGGGUUUUUAUACCCUUACUGUAAGAGCCACAGAUGGAGGUACUCCGGCGUUAAGUAGCACAACUACUGCUAGGAUCGCCGUCUCUCUGUCAGAUUUCUCCAGUCCAAAGUUUGCCCAACAAGAAUACCAGGCUGAGAUCACUGAGAAUGUGGCUAUUGGGAAUUUUGUCAUAUUGGUCUGUGCAAUUAGCCGAACCACACUGAUUUAUGACAUUAUACAAGGAAAUGAUGAAAGGAGGUUUAAAAUAAACCGUUAUACGGGUGUCAUCACGACACAAAGGAAUUUUGACUUUGAGAUGACCUCUUCAUAUAUGCUGGUGAUCCAGGCUGUAAACAUGGCUGGGAUUGCCUCCAGUGUCACAGUAUGCAUCCAAGUGGUUGAUGAAAAUGAUAAUCCUCCAGUUUUUCAGGAGCUCACAUAUACAGGGACCAUCAGUGAGGCAGCCCCCAUCAACAGUGUGGUGAUAAGUGAGGAUGGAAAACCCCUGGUAAUUGAAGCCACAGAUGCUGACAAGAAUCACAAUGCCCUCCUGGUCUUCCAGAUUGUGGAGGACACAGCAAAAUUGUUCUUUACUGUGGACUCAGGAACAGGCUCUGUCAGAACUAUAGCUAAACUGGACUAUGAAACAUUCAGUGCUUUUUAUUUUUCUGUUAAUGUGAGGGACAGUGGCAGGCCUCAGCUGACAGCAGAGAAGCCAGCCAAGGUCCUAAUCAGGGUUGUGAACAUCAAUGACUCUCCCCCUCAGUUCUCACAAGAAGCUUAUGACACUGUUUUGCUUCUUCCAACAUAUGUUGGGGUUGAGGUUCUGAGAGUAGAAGCCACUGAUCCGGACAUGACCACUGAUCUGAUGUAUUCCUUAGCUGAUAGCAACUUGGAGCACUUCGAAAUGGAUUCAUCAUCGGGCAUACUCACGGUCAAAAACAAUAAACUCUCCAAAGACCGCUAUCGUUUUAAUGUCAAAGUGUCAGACGGGCGGUACUUUUGCACAGCACUUGUGACUGUGUUAGUUAGGGAGGCUAUGGACAGUGGCCUCCUCUUCAGUCAAACCACAUAUUCCUCAUCUGUACUGGAGAACAGCGUGAACAUUACCACUGUGAGCAUUGUAAAUGCUGUAGGAAACCGUUUAAACGAACCACUAAAGUACACGCUUUUGAAUGCAGGCACACGCUUUACAAUUCGUCCCACAUCAGGAGUCAUUCAAACCACAGGAGUCCCUUUCGAUCGAGAACAACAGGAACUGUAUGAGCUGGUGGUUGAGGCAAAUAGAGAAUACGACCAGCUGCGAGUUGCUAGAGUAACCAUUAGAAUAGAAGUUGAGGAUGUUAACGACAAUGCCCCAGAGUUUCUAGGCCUUCCAUAUUAUGCGGCUGUGCAGGUAGAUGCAGAACCUGGCUCAUCCAUCUUCCAGGUGUCUGCGACAGAUUUGGACAAAGGGAUAAAUGGAGCUGUAUAUUAUGAGCUUAAGGAGAAUCAUCCGCAUUUUGAAGUGAAUAAGCUUACUGGGGAGCUUAAUCUUAAAAAGGCCUUUGAUGCAGACUUGUCCAAUGUUGAAUAUCCGCUGGUGGUCAUUGCACGUGAUGCUGGCUACCCCUCCCUCUCCACUGUUGUCAAGCUUCCAGUUACAGUUGUGAACAAGGCCAUGCCUGUUUUUGACAAGUCAUUUUAUGGCAUAUCAGUUAGAGAGGAUAUUGCAGUGUCAACUCCCAUAUUAUGCAUAAAUGCCACCAGCCCAGAGGGCCAAAACAUUAUAUACACUAUUGUGGAAGGGGAUCCUUUCUUCCAAUUUGAUAUUGGCUUUGAGAGUGGUGUGAUUAGUGUCAUAUAUCCUUUAGACUAUGAAACUACACCCAACUACAGGCUAACCAUCAGGUCUACAGACACUCUCACUGGAGCCAGAUCCGAAGUAGAUGUGGACAUAGUUGUGGUAGAUGUAAAUGACAAUGCCCCUGCAUUUCGUAAUGCAUCAUACACCACCACUUUAAAAGAAAACUCAAUGAUUGGGUCUAGCGUGUUACAGCUUUGGGCGACAGACAAGGAUUCUGAAAAAAAUAGUAUAAUUAGUUAUCAAAUCCUCUCUGAUGGGUUUAAUAGCACAGAUUACUUUCACAUUGACACUACUAGUGGACUCGUGUUAACAGCCCGUCUUCUGGACUAUGAACUUACACCGAGCUUUAGCUUUAUCGUUAGGGCAACAGACAAUGGUUCCCCAUCCCAGAGCAGUGAGGUCACGGUCACAGUCUUAGUGAGUGACGUGAAUGACAACCCACCAUCCUUCAGCCAGCCACUUUAUGAAGCUUUUGUGAGUGAACUGGCUCCCCGAGGGCACAUUGUGACAUGUGUCCAAGCUUCUGAUGCAGACAGAUCAGAUGCAGAGAGUUUGAGGUACAGCAUACUCUCUGGAGAUGAGAAAAUGAACUUUAUAAUAGACUCUCAGACAGGUGUCAUUUCCUUGUCCAGCCAGCGUAGGCAGGGCAUACGGCCAGCAUACAGCCUCAAUGUGUCUGUAUCAGAUGGGGUCUUCACCAACACUGCACAGAUAAACAUUCGAGUCAUGGGUGCCAACCUUUACAGCCCUGUCUUUAGUCAAAGGUUCUACUUGGCUGAGGUCCGGGAAAAUGCACCAGCCGGUACCAAAGUCAUUCAAGUGCGUGCCACAGAUGAGGACUCUGGGAUUUUUGGUCAGAUCAUGUAUUCCUUUAUCAAUGACCUUGGAAAGGCACAGUUUUACAUUGGAGCUGAUGGCCUAAUAACUACAGCUCAGAAACUCGACAGAGAGAACCCAAUAAACAGAGACAUUGUGCUAACUGUUAUGGCACUUGAUGGUGGGGGAAGAGCUUCCUUCUGCACUGUUAGGGUAAUUCUUGCUGACGAAAAUGACAACGCGCCACGUUUUAGGGCUAUGGAAUAUAGAGUUAGCAUAAAAGCUAACGUGCCAAUGGGAUCACUGGUGACUCAAAUCCAAGCUCAGGACCCAGAUUCCGGCGAUAAUGGUAGAGUUAGCUACUCACUGUACAGUGAGGCAAGGCUUCCUCUUGUGGAUGUGUUGGAAAUUGAACCUGACAGUGGUUGGAUGGUCACAAAGGGGAGCAUGGCACAUCUAAGAGGAACGGUUCUCUCCUUUUUUGUCAAAGCUACUGACGGAGGUGUUCCAGCCAAACAUUCCCUUGUGUCUGCAUUUAUUCAUGUCUUACCACCUGAUGCAAAUGUACCCUCCUUCACCCAACCCCAGUAUUCCUACACGGUCCCAGAGGACACAUCUGUUGGGACAGUAUUGGGAUCAGUGUACCUAAGUCCUGGUCAAACAGCUUUCUUUUCUGUGGUGAAUGGAGAGACUGGGGAGAGUAACCAGGGUGGGACAUUUUUGAUUGAGAGAGAAACUGGACUUCUAAGACUUGUUAACCCUCUUGAUUAUGAACUCAUUAACAUUUAUCGUUUCAAAGUUGCAGCCACCAUGAGACAGGCACUAGUUGAAUCCAUGUCUGUAGUGGAUGUAGAAGUCAAGGUGCUGGAUGUUAAUGACAACAAACCAUUAUUCGAAACCAGCUCUUAUGUUGCCAUGGUUAUGGAGGGCAUGCCUAGGGGUACACGGGUCAUCCAGGUACGAGCACUUGACCCUGAUUGGGGCUCUAAUGGACAGGUUAAUUAUAGCCUUGGAACAACUUUAAACCAAGAGCAAGACAAAGCUAGUGGCUCUAAAUCUGCUGCUGGUGCCAUGUUUGUUAUUGACAGCAAGACUGGUUGGAUCACUACUCUCGGUGACCUGGAUCAUGAGAUGUGUCCAUCUUACACCUUCAAUGUGGUGGCGUCUGAUCUGGGUGAGGGUGUCUCGCUUUCUUCCACAGCAGUAGUGACCAUUGCAAUCGCAGACGUUAAUGACAACCCCCCUACCUUCGAGAGAGCAUAUUACAGAGGUGCUGUACGAGAGAGUGACCCCCUGGGAGAAGUGGUUUCAGUGCUGAGCACUCGUGAUGGGGACAGCUCUGAUCAGAAUCGGCUUGUCAGCUUCCAUAUCACAGGAGGAAACCCCAAGGGGGUAUUUGCGCUGGCUCCUGUUCAGGGGGAGUGGAAGGUCUUCGUGAAGCGGCCUUUGGACAGAGAGGAGCAGGAUCGAUACCUGCUCAAUAUCACAGCCAGCGACGGCCUGUUUGUAACCCGCAUAGGCGUGGAGGUCACUGUCAUGGAUGCCAAUGACAACAGCCCCAUCUGCAAUCAGGCACAAUAUGAGGCCUCGUUUCCAGAAGAUGUGCCUAUUAAUACUGCUAUUCUGACAGUUGGAGCAACAGACUUGGACAGUGGCGUCAACGCAGAAAUUCAGUAUUCUCUGUUUGGCAUUGGCGUUGAAGAUUUUUACAUGGAUGCAAAUACUGGUGAACUGAAAACGGCCUCUUUAUUGGACCGUGAGAGAACUGCAGGUUAUAAGUUGAUAGCACAGGCUACAGAUGGAGGAGGGCUGUUCUGUCGCUCUGAAAUUUCUCUGACCAUUCUGGAUGUUAAUGAUAAUAUACCAUCAUUUGCCUUCACACGGUUCAUGGCGAGUGUAUAUGAGAGCGCGGCACCCAAGGCCUUGCUCACACGCCUUCGUGCUAAUGAUCCAGAUGAAGGGCUAAACAGGAAGAUCGUGUACUCGCUUGUUGACUCCGCUGGUGGCAUGUUCUCGGCUGACCCAUCGUCUGGUGUGGUGAUCCUGGAGAAGCCUUUGGACAGAGAGGUGCAAGAUUCGUAUCAGAUCAGAAUCAAGGCUACUGACCGAUCAGGGGGCGAUGGCUCGCUCUCCACAGAGGUGGACCUCACCAUCAUGGUUCUGGACGUGAACGACAAUCCACCUGUGUUUCAAAAGCAAGAUUACAUGGUCACAGUGCCUGAAGAUGUUACUAUUGGAACAGAAGUUCUGCGAGUCUUUGCCAUGAGUAUUGACAUUGGAGUGAAUGCAGAAAUCUACUAUAGAUUCUUGUCUGGAAAUGAGCUGGGGAAGUUUUCCAUUGAUGGUUCAACAGGCAUAAUUUCUGUGGCGGAUGAUCUUGACUAUGAGCUCUGCAAGGAUUUUUUCCUAAAUGUGGAGGCCUUUGAUGGUGGAACGCCUCCCUUGAGAGCCGCCACAAUAGUGACCAUAGAGCUUCUGGAUGUCAAUGACAACUCGCCUUCAUUCAGUGAGGACAUCUACAAUGUUCUGAUCAGCGAGGACGUAGCUAUCGGGGAGACGGUCACGAGGCUGUUUGCAGAAGACCUGGACAGUCAAAUCAAUGGGCGAAUCACUUAUUCCAUUCUGAAAGGGGACCGGGAAAAUCAGUUUUGGAUCGACCCUGUCACCGGGCUUCUGAAAGUUAACAAGGCACUGGACAGAGAGACGGUCUCCAGCUACUCAUUGUCUGUGCAAGCGUUUGACAGCGGGUCACCUGCCAAGUCAACCACUGUGAAUGUCAAUAUCGAGAUUGCCGAUGUGAAUGACAACCCGCCAAUCUUCUCUCCUGCGAAUGCUUCAGCUGUUAUUCAGUUUUUUUUUUUUUUUCUCUCGCUGAACAAGCCUGCAGGAACUACCAUCCUGUCACUAUCAGUUUCUGAUAAGGACUCCUCUAGAAAUGGUGCACCUUUUGAGUUUCGCAUUGUGUCUGGAAAUGAGGGCAAUGCUUUCAGUCUGGACCAGAAUGGAGAAUUACGAACGAGCCGAGUAUUUGGUCCUGAUGCAACACGAGAGUAUAUGCUUGAGAUACAGGCGCGUGACUCAGGGAAGCCUCGUCUGUCCUCCACAUCCUUUGUGUUUGUGCGUGUCAUCGGAGACAGCCUCUUCAAACCUGUGGCCUUCCCACUGGAAAUCAACAUUGUCAUGGCAGCAGAUGUGUUUCCUGGCGGGAUUAUAGGCAAGAUCUAUGCCACAGACCGAGACGAGAAUGAUGUUCUGUCUUUCAGUCAGAAAUCACAAACAAAUAGUCUUUUCAAAAUCAACAGACAGGACGGGAAGAUUGUGGCACUAAACGGUCUGGAGCCUGGAAGAUACACCCUAAAUGCCACGGUGAGUGACGGGCGGUUCUCUGUGACCGUGGGUGUUAGCGUCCAGGUGGAGCAAGCCACGGAUGAGAUGGUGCAGAAUGCAGUGACUCUGCGUUUCCAAGACCUGUCUCCUGAGGAUUUUGUGGGUGUGUACAUGGAAGAGCUGAAGAAGGUGCUCCGUACCUCACUGGUUAGUGACGGGACGGGUGCCGUUGAGGGACCAGACCCUCUUCACAUCCUGGGAGUGCAGCCACUGAGUCGCUCCAGUCAGCUGGAGGUGCUCCUUGCCGUGGAGACACCAGAUGGGGGUUAUACGGGUCCAGGAGAGCUGGCUCUCAAGCUGGAGGAGGUGAAGGGUUUUCUAAAGGGAGCGCUGAGGGUGGUCAGCGUCCUGGAUCAGAGCUGCUCAGGAGAGCUCGAGUGCGGGGAGAGAGUCUGCGAGCUCACCCUCAGUCUCGACCCCAUCGGUUUGGUCACCUACACCACCUCCAGAAUGAGCUUUGUUUCUCCACGCUUCAGCAGGAAAGAGAUGUGCACGUGUCCAGGAGGAAUAUGUCCAUCUUCUCUGGAGCUCUGUGAUGGCCAAACGUGUCCGUCUGACAUGCAGUGUGUGCGCAGCGGCCCCGCAGCGCCAUCUCUCUGCCAGUGUCUGCCUGAUACACUGGACAAGUGCGCAGGACAAACAUCUCUGAGCUUUGCAGGGAACAGUUACAUCAAAUACAGAGUGACGGACGGUGAUAGGAGCAGAGACAUGAAGCUGGGCUUGAGAAUCAGAACGCUCCACGGCCAAGGAGUCAUCAUGUAUACACGCGCUGACCCCUGCACACUGCUCAAGGUCAGAAGGACACACAUUAUUGCAUAG